UUGUAAGGCACUGUUGAGGCAGUUUUCUGUGUAGUGCUUUUUCUUAGCUCCAAUGGCGUGCAGAAAGAGCAGGGGCAAUAGAGUUUUACUAUGUUUAGGACUUUUAGUGUUUGCCAGUUCAUUUUGCCUUUGCACAAAACUGGCACAACUUAAGGCAUUGGCUAAAUCAAGAGAAAACUCGACACUAAGCGAAGGGCAAGCUAAAGCAAGGGAUCUGCAGCAUGGAACACUGUUAAUUGGGCAAAACUAUCUGCCAGAUGAUAAACUCAACGGAACCAAAGCCACAAAGAACUUCCUGGAUGUUGAUACAGAUUACCAAGAAGACAUGGGUUGGGAGGACCCUAAGCAACUUCAAAGACAGAGUGAUGGCUUUUCAAAGCCAGAUACUGCAGCAAUGGAACAACUCCUUCUAAUGGACCCAAAGGUUGAAUGUACUGGAGACUCCAUGAAGCUUCAAGUCCAAAGUGCUGCCUCCAUCCCUGGCUCCCUGUUUGUGGAUAGGGGAAGUCACCUGUCUCCUCUGGCUCUGUCUAAGUUGCCGCCAAGCUGUGGUUACACCAUCAGAUCAACGCGAAGAGAAUUGGUUUUAGUUGCUCCUUAUGAUGGGUGCUUUGUUGCUCUUGAGGAGGAUAGCUAUGUUCUCCCAAUGCUUUGGUUGGGGUUAAACGUGAGGAUGUCGUGUCCUUUGAUGAAGCUGUCUUCCCCUAACCCACCGACGGUCACCUGCCAUGCUGAGGGCAUGGUUGUGAAAACUGGAUGGACAGUCUCAAUUGCUAAAAUUAAUGUCAAAUUGAAUGGUAACUGGGAGCCAUUGAUGAAGGCUUCACCCAGAUGUGGUUUCAGUGUAGUUGUACAUCCUGAAGGUGUGGUCCUCUCUGUUCGUUAUACACCCUGCAUGGAGAAAAAGGAUGGAAUGUACACCCUUCAAUUGGCUGGAGAGGGAGAAACAAAAAUGUCCUGUCCAUCACUGCCUUGGCCACAAGCAUCUGCAGCUCCACAGCAGGAGCCCUUCUACCCUCAGCCAGAGACUGAAAACCCUACUGCUACUCCAAGGCUUCAGCAGACUAGAGCCCCUCAGGGCCAAGUACAACCACAAUUUUACCCCCAUCCCGUCUACCCUCAGCCAGAGACUGAAAACCCUGCUGCUGCUCCAAGGCCUUCACAGACUAAAGCUCCUCGGGGCCAAGUACAACCACCAGUUUACCCCUAUCCCUUCUACCCUCAGCCAGAGACUGAAAACCCUACUGCUGCUGCUCCAAGGCCUUCACAGACUAAAGCUCCUCGGGGCCAAGUACAACCACCGUUUUACCCCUAUCCCUUCUACCCUCAGCUAGAGACAGAAAACCCUACUGCUGCUCCAAGGCCUUCACAGACUAAACCUCCUCGGGGCCAAGUACAACCACCGUUUUACCCCUAUCCCUUCUACCCUCAGCUAGAGACUGAAACCCCUACUGCUGCUCCAAGGCCUCCACAGAAUAAAGCUCCUCAGGGUCAAGUACGAUCAUUCUAUCCCUAUCCUUUUCAGCCAGAGAUUGAAAAGAACCCCCAGCCUUGGCCAAUAUCUACAACAGCCACGCAUGGCAAAGCAGCAGAAUACACCUACAGCUGA